ACAAGGGUCAGAUUCAUUAAAAAAAAAAAAAAACCCAGCGGAGUGGAGAGUAAUGAUAAGAGGAGAGAAUAAUAAUAAAGAGUAUGUUACUGUUCGCAGGUAGAGUGAUCCCAGACUCAUCAUCAUCAGUUUCCAGAAUCUUCGCCGUCGCCAGUAGAAAUCCCUUCUCCAUCUCCGGUUCACGCUUUCAAGUUCGUGCAAUGGCCGGCUCUGCAUCUCAACCUUUCAAGAAAAUCCAAAUCCAGAGAGACGAUACUACAUUUGAUGCAUAUGUUGUCGGGAAAGAAGAUGCUCCUGGUAUUGUUGUACUUCAAGAGUGGUGGGGUGUCGAUUUCGAGAUCAAGAACCAUGCUGUCAAAAUCUCCCAACUUGGCCCUGGAUUCAAGGCCCUUAUUCCAGAUUUGUAUCGAGGAAAGGUCGGAUUGGACGUUGCUGAAGCUCAGCAUUUGAUGGAUGGUCUUGAUUGGCAAGGUGCUGUCAAGGAUAUACAGGCUUCGGUUAAUUGGCUCAAGACAAACGGUUCAAGCAAGGCUGGAGUAACUGGAUUUUGCAUGGGGGGUGCGCUCUCUAUUGCAAGUUCUGUUCUGGUUCCUGAGGUUGAUGCUGUUGUUGCAUUCUAUGGUGUUCCUUCAUCGCAGCUCGCUGACCCUGCUCAGGCUAAGGCACCUGUUCAGGCUCAUUUUGGAGAGCUUGAUAAUUUUGUUGGCUUUUCAGAUGUUACGGCUGCCAAGGCUCUGGAGGAAAAGCUGAAAUUGUCAGGAAUUCCAUAUGAGGUACACUUGUAUCCAGGCAAUGCACAUGCUUUCAUGAACAGGUCUCCAGAAGGUGUGAAGAGGAGGAAGGACAUGGGGCUGUCUGAUAAGGAUGAAGCUUCUGCUGAGCUGGCUUGGUCCCGAUUCACAACAUGGAUGACUCGUUACUUAUCUGCAUAAGUGAGUGGUCGGUUUGAUAUAUCCAUCUUUCGUGCUUGCUAUCUAUAGCUUAAAUAGCAGCUUGGUAUGUUACCUAGAUGUAAGUUGGAAGGUCUGGGAUAAAUUAUGUGCGCUCCCCUCCUGUGCAAGUCUGAUAAUGGCACAAGUGAUGUUUGUAAAGUGAUUGAGUUUGUUUUUAACAGCUGCUGUUGUGAUUUGGCAUG